UCAGUUUGGAUACCAUCUUUGUUGUGUUUGUUUUCUAUACAAAGUUGUGGAUCAUGUUUGUACGCAGUGUUUCACGAAUUUUAUCAUUUUUGCCCGAACGAAGCACCUAGUCAAGAAAAUGUUGUCGACAUGUACGAUUUGUUACCAUCAUGCCAAGCAAACUCAGGACUACUCGCUGACAGGGACAAUGUGAGGGUGUCCAGAACUGAAGUGUACAACUGUUGUCCAGAACUGAAGUGUACAACUGUUACUGGUGCAGCCAUAUUGUGCAUGCUGGCAAAGAGACUGCAGUGCAUAACAUGGGGUGUAUUUCCAGCAAAACUGACAUCAAUGACCUUCACCCCAAUGUUUUUCAGGUGAUAAAUGUGGAUGAAGCUGGUAACAGAUUAAGCUCAGGUCAGUUGGAAAUUACAGAGAGUCACCUCAUAUUUUAUCAGCGGAAGAAGGAACCAAUAAAAUGGCCUCUUCGUAGCCUGCGCCGUUACGGCUUCGACGCAGAACUCUUCAGCUUUGAAUCGGGCCGUCGUUGUCCCACCGGUGCUGGAAUUUAUGCAUUUCGUUGUCAGCGAGCAGAACAACUCUUCAAUCUCUGCAGGCUAAAAUCCUCAUGCGCAAACAAUGCCAGUGAAGAUACUGUAUCCAGAGAGUUUCCUGUUGCCUCUAACCCAGGCCAUUUUCCGACACGUAUCAAUGUACCAUCAUCAGACGGAAACUACCUCGAUCCUGCUCCAGUGCGAAGGGGAAGUCGCACAGGACAGCCGACAAGUAUAAGAUUUGUGUCACAAAAUAGUGGAGUGUCUACAAGAUUGAGCAGUGUCGGAAGCAGUAGUAAUGGUCCCAUAAGCCCACAGGGCACAGCAUCUCCUUCUCCUCCCCCUGUUCCUAUACCUAUUCCUCAUCCACUUCCACCGACACCAGUAAGCAAUUCUGCAAGUGCAACAUAUGUUAAUGAAGAGUUAUUUUCUCUGCAACAGAUAACUUUGCCAUUCCUUCAGUUCGAUGCCCCACCUUCUUCCAGCACAAUUUCCUUGUGCGAGAUUAGCACAACGGUCACCACAACCCAUUCUGAUGCUGUAAAACACCCUCAGAGUAAUUCAUCAGGAUCCUAUGUAAAUAUUGAUGUUAGUAAUGUACCUUCAUUAUUGGCAGGUAGUGUAACAGAAGACACAAAUUACGCACAGCUUGAUUUGUCAGAGGCUCAACAAGGACACCUGUAUAUGAAUGUUAUUCCUGGCACUGACAUUCUCAAAGCUACAGAAACAAAUAAUGGCAGCUCGUGGAAUAAAACUACGUUCCCUAAUUGUAUUGUAUCUAUGCAACAAAGUGAAAUGGAUGUGGAUGAACCUAGACAUUGUUAUGCAAACCUUGAACCUGGCAGUAUUGAAGUUCCUUUGUCCCUUUUACCAAAAAUGCCAGUUCAGCCACUUACCCAAAUUCCAGCGGUUGAUAAAGCAUCUUCAGCUCAGAACCAUCAAUCUCACUCGAUAACACCAACACUGGGCCAGUAUCGACAAGUUAACUAUAUUGUCCUUGACCUGGAUCAGAGUAAAGAUUCUUCUGCAAGCAGUGCUUUACAGCAGCAGCAAACAUCUCCAUCUAGUUCUACUAGUCCUGCAACAGGAUCAGUAUCAACAGAAUCUCCACACCGUGGCUCGGAAGGCUAUGCCACAAUAGAUUUCAAUAAAACUGUUGCACUUUCACAUUCUGUAAAUCCUAGUAUAGACAAUGACAGUGAAAGUUCUCGUAAAACGAGGCACAAUUCAACUAUUAGUGAUUUAGUAUCAGCUCCUGCAAUAAAUAGCCCCACAGAGUAAAGAAAUGUAUUUUCUUUUUCCAUUGAUGAUAUUUUGAGAAGAAAUUAGGAAAUUAUUCCUUUUUUCGCGGGUGUAUAAUUAGUCCAAAGAUUGACUGUACCAAAGAUAUUUUUAGACUUAAUGAGGAUUUUGAAGCAUAUUAUUGAAUGAGCCUAUUGGAAUGUGUCCAACAUGAAGUUCAUACAUCGAAUUGUUUACAUUGUACAAUAAGAAAUAUAACAUAUAUAUACAUAUAUAUUUUUUGCAUGAUAGCCCAAAGUGUAAAUAAUGCCAAAGAGAUAAUAAUGCAAUGUCUAGCCCCACUUUGGGGUGAUUUUUAACUGCAGUGCUAUAUAUACAGAUAUACACACAUACAUAUACAUAUAGUUACAUGUAAAUUUGAGAGAUAUUGUGUGCCUGAUUAUAUAUUACAUGUUGUGUGUUAUACAAAAUAAAUGUGUAUAUUAAAUUAA